GAGGAGCAGCACCACCACCGAUACAGAGAGAGAGAGAGAGAGAGGAGAGAUACUUGUGAGCACGAGGGGAAGGAGAAGGAGGGCGGGCUCUCUCGCUCUGCCCGUGGGGAUUUGUUGAGGCGGUUGGUGCGCGGAUCUGCGCGGCGGCGGUCUGCCGGGACGCCGGCGGCGACUAGGAGGGAGGGAGAUCGGAGGCGCAUGCCUCAGAUCUGACAUGGAGCGGAUCCGGGAAGGCAGGAGGGCCGCCGUGUCCAUGUCCGGCGGGGCGCCUCCGCCGCGGCGGCGGCUCAGGAGCAACGGCGGCGGCGUCUCCGGCGGCGCGGGGCCGAGGGACUCGCCUCGGUCCGACAGGAGGCGGGGGGAUCGCCUCAUGCUCAACGGCAACGGCCGCGACGACGGCGACGACACAUCCGACGACAGCCUCGGCGACGACGAUGACGACGCCGACGAGGACCUCGGACCGGCCUCCGCGCCCAGGUACCCGCCGGUGCAGCGCCGCUCGCCCAGCACGGCGCCUCCGCCGUCCCCGCCUCAGCCGAGCGGCGCCGGCCACCACCACAGCAGCAGCAGCAGCGGCGGCGGCGGCGGUUACAACAACCACCACCACCACGGCCAGCAGCAGAUGCACCGGAAGGGGGGCUCCAAUCCGAAGAGCCCCAUAGUAUGGAAGGCCGCCGACGAAAUGAUCGGUGUUCCAGUCCCCAGGAAGGCGCGCUCAGCUUCCACCAAGAGGUCUUCGCACGAGUGGACAGGCCCCGGCGGUGGAACCGGCGGCGCCGGCGCUGUAGAAGCCUCGCAGAUCCAGCGUCCUUCACGGCCGAUCUCGCCGGCUUCCACAUCGACCACCGCCCCUGUUAGGAAAAAGCUGAAAACGAUUGGUGGCGGUGGGAGCAGCGGCGGCGGUUCUGGACCUGCACCGAAGCAGCGGCCGUCGCCGGCCUCAGCUCCUUCGGCAGCGCCGCCUCAGCCAUCACAACCAAAGAUUUCCAAGUCGCCGUCCUUCAUCCAGGAGGAGAUCGAGGUCGCCGAGGUGCUAUUUGGCCUGACGCGGCAGUUCCCCUGCCCUCCCAAGCAGGAGAACAUGAAUCACAAGCCGGAGCCAAAGGACGCGCCGGAGGCCAAGUCUGGGAACUCUUCGCCGGCUCCGUCGUCAUCUGGCGUCCGGCCGGCAGAUUCAGCCUCUCUCACCACUACAGCCCCAAAGAGGAAGCGGCCACGGCUGGUCAAGUACGACAACGAGAACCGCCCGCCGAGCCCAGCAAAGCCGGACACGGCAGAGCCGCCCUCAAGGCAGGAAGUGCUUCCGGUGCCAAGAUCAGAUGCGAAGCCGUCGGUGUCGGCUGUGGCCGAAAGUGGCGCCAGCACCACCGCCGCUGCCUCCGCCACGGCUGGCGCGCAGCAGGAGGCUACCCGGGAGCAGCCAGAGAAGAGGGAGGACCACAGAGGAAGAGAUCCAGAGCUCCGGGCCAGCGAAUCAGAUCGACGGGAUCACGGGCCCGAGAGCCGGGCCGAGCCGCCGGCGCCACCAGUCAAGCCCGACGGCGAGGCUGCUGCUGCGCCGGUCGGCUCUGAGGCCAGGAAUGGGGAGGCCAUCACGGCGACAAAGAGUGAGCUGGCAUCUGAUGGCGCUCGUCAAGAAAAGUUUUGCAUUGAUCUCAUGGCUCCCCCUCCUGGGAAGCUAUCUCCUGAUAGAGAUGGCUCUUCCGACCCUGAUGCGGAUAAGAAGGGAUUGGAUUCUGAGAUGGACGUGGCUGGGAGAGGAAAUUCUGAAAAGAAAGAUGACGAGAGGUCCCGGAGAGGCCUAGAGAUCAAUCUGGAGGACGACAAGGCGCAGAGGAUUCCGGCGGAGGAGCUUGCUCCAAAGAAGCUCACGCUGCAGCUGGAUUUGGAGAAGCCCAGCCAAGGCGACGAGAAGUCGCCAUCUGAGCGAAGGCAGCCGCCAUUGCCGCCGACGCAGCAACAGCAGCAGCAGCACAAGCCCUCAAAGUCCGAGGUCAAGCAUGAGAAAUCACCAGCUCUACCUGCUGCUUCACCGCCUAUGCCAAUGACCGUCGGGGGCUGGAUGGGGAAUUUCCCACCUUUUAGUUACAUUGCCCCUGUUCCUGGAUUAUCAGCUCCUGGCCUUCAUCAUCCUAUGGACAUCAAGCCAGGGACUUCGGCUGGAUUACAGCAUCCUGCAUUGCCUCCUCUGCCAGAACGACCGAAGCGCUGCGCUACACAUUGUUACAUUGCACAGCAGAUCCAAUACCACCAGCGACUUACAAAGAUGAACUUCUGGCCCCCAGCAGCGGCUGCAGCAGCAGCUGCCGCCGCAUCAAGAUCUGCACCAUUCUUUGGUCCUAGAGGGCCAUUCAACAUGGGGGUUGUUCCACCUGCAGAGGCUGCCUCCCUUCUCGCGAACCCAAUGCAGGGGGGCUACCCUGUCCGGGCACAAGCCCCGCUGCAAGAAACUAAGACUCCUUCAAUGGUGUCUUCUCCUUUCCAGGGGAGCCUCUCCAAGGAUAAAGGGGCAUCCAGCAGUGCUACUGUUGCUGAAUCAAACCAAAGGAAGCAACCUCCAGCUCAUGAAGCGCAGCAGUCCUCUUCUCCCAUGCCACCAAACUUGAUGCAACCGCCAACAUUCAUCUUUCCAUUCAACCAACAUGCUGCAGCAGUAGCAGCUGCAACUGCUGCCGCCAAUCGAAUGGGUGAUACAAAAUCUUCUGGAGCCAGCAGUGCCAUGCCAUCAUCAUCUGCCACUGCCCAUGCUUCAGCAGCACACCCUGGUGCAUCGGCCAUGAACUUGAGCUUUGCCAACUUGCAGCCGGGUGAUGCCCAGUUCUUGGCUAUCUUACAGAACGGCUACCCGUUACAGGUCGCCGCUGCUCAUGCUGGAGGACCUCCAUCAUAUCGAGGCAUGGCACCACAAGGCGCAGGUGUACCGUUUUUCAACGGGCAUGUCUACUCUCCCCACAUGUUGCACCCAUCACAGCAGCAAGUUACGCAGCAACAAAAUCAUCAGAAAAACCCAAUGCCAAGCUUGUCUGGUUCCUCUCAGAAGCAUCAGCCACAACAAUCACAAGGGUUGCUGGGAUAUGCACCAAAUGCUAAUGCUGCUGCUGCCGCAGCUGCGGCAGCCGCUGCCAACAGUUCCCAGAGCUAUUCGAGUGGCAACCAGCGUCCUGUUCUACUGCCUGGCCUCGCUCAUCGACAGGAUACAGACAAGACUCUCCAAGAUGGCCAGUCAAGUGAUGACAAGUCUGCACACCAUCAAAAGGGUGGGUAUGAACAUAAUUUUGCUAUUCCAAUGCAUCUUCCGAAUUUUGCGUUGAUGCCAGCCGCUGGCAAUCAGAGUGAGAAGAAAUCGAAUGAUCACCACCAGCAGCCAUCAACCAGUCGAGGCCAGGGGGUUCGAAUUGAUCUUGCUUCAUCUCAACCUUUUGUGAUGCCCUUUGGUGCUCCUGGUUCUGCUCCAAGUGGUCUUGACUUCUCUUCAUUGGCACAGAACCAUGCGCUGUUCCAGAGCCAUCAAGAAGCAGGCCGGCAUGGUUACCCUCAGCUCAAUUUUGCUGCAGCCCAGUCUGUUCAAGCUGCACAGCACAAGGCCCAGCAUCAAAAUGCCGCAGAAGCUAAAUCUGUGGCUGGGGAUUCGUCUUCAACGCCAAGUGCUGGAGAUAAUGAGAGAAAGAAAUCUGCAUCUGCAAAAUACCCGAGUGAUUCGCAGCAACAUUCUCUUUCCUUCUCAAAGCCAGAAAACAAAUCUUUUAUGCACCCUUUCCUUGGUAGCAGUGCUAAUGAGCCCUCAGUCCGCACUUUGAGCCUUAUUGGUGCGGAAUCUUCCAAUGCCUUUGGGUUAGGCAGCAGCAAAUCUUCAAGUGCUUCUACUGGAGCAGCUACGUCAGCUGCAGCCCCAUCUGCACCAACCAUCUCCCAGCAGCAACACCACCAGCAGCAGCAAAUUCAGCUGCAGCUGCAGCAACACCAUCACCAGCAGAUGCAGCAACAAUUCCAGCAGCAGCAACAACAGCAGCAGCAGCAGCAACUCCAGCAGCAGCAUCAGCAGCAGCAACAACAGCAGCAGCAUCAACAGCAGCAGCAGCAUCAGCAGCAGCAGCAACAACAGCAGCACCAGCAAAAUAUGUUACACCUUCAGAAACAGCAGCAGCAGCAAUUGUUUCAAAAUCAUCUGAACUCUCGCCCCAGGUCUGCUGCACCUAGCAAUGCAAGUGGAUACUCUGACCGUUUGAAUGCAACGAACUUUCAGAAUUUAAUGUAUCCGUCAAGCACUUCUCAAGGCGGAGUUCCUGGUCAAUCACCUCAAUUGAAGGCAUCGUCGAUGAGAGUGUCAGCUCCACCUUCAGCUGCCUCUGUCCCUGCUGCAUCCUCACCUUCUAAUUUGAUUAUGAUGAAGAACAGUGGUCUCCAUCAACAACAAGCAAAAGCUCUGCAGGCUCUCUCCACCCCAAAUCACCAGUCACAAAGCAUGAGUUCGUCGAAGAUUGGGCACUCCCUUACUAAUCUUUCUACUGGAGGAGGAGGGGACCUAUCUCGAUCUUCAAAUGCUCCUGUUGCUUCUGGUUCGCCAUCUAAUUCAGUCUCCAAAAGUACUGGUGGUAGCCCACCUGCAUCUGGAAGUGCGAAGGGUGGCCAGCCAGUUGUCCAAUUGUCAUCGCCUCAACAACAUGCAGCCAAGAACUCUCCUUCGACUUCUGGAUCCAAGUCAGCCUCCACAAAUCACUACAGCAGUAUGCCUAUGCCAUCUAUCCUUGGUCAGCAGCCAAACAUGGCUCACUCUGGCGGUAAGCAGCAGUCGCAUGGACCCUCAUUGAAGCAACAGCAGCCAUUCUCGCAAGGCCACUUCUUCAUCUCCAAUGCGUUCGCACCACCACAAGGUCCGCCUCAGCAUGUAAAUGCUGGAGCUGGUGCUGGCCUCUACCAAAAGCGCUCGACUGACAAGACGCAGCAGCAGCAACAGCAGAAUGCUGUAUCUGGUUCGUCUGCUAUGCUCUCUCUUGGUUCCAUGUCAAUGUCCACAGCUGCGAUUCCAGCUGAUGCAGGGAAGGCAGCUGGCAGUAACAUGAAGGCCAAUCUUCAUCCAGCUGCUGGUGGUUUUAUGCACCUUGCCACAGCGGGGCAAUCUGCGAGUGGUUCGCCUCACUCUCACAUGUCAGGGGCACAAUUGACCUUUUCAAUGCCGAUGCCAGUAAAGCCUACCAGUGAUCAGAAGCCUGCUGCUGGUAAGUAAAGGACCCAGACGCCAGAGCAUGGGAAUGCUGCUAAUCUGAUUGGGCGAGCUAACUGCUAAUUCUGUGGAAAGGUUGGCGCGUGGAAGAAGCGAUUGCGCGACAAGAGGCUGCGCAGCCGCGAGAGCCGGAGCGUCGUCGAAGAAGAUGAUGAUGCACCCAUUCCAUCCAUGCAGGAGCGCUGGCAAUCGAGUGAAACUCUAGAACGGCUGAUGGGAGUGAUGCUUGUGUGUAGUAGGUUAUCCUCCCAUGGUGGAAAGCUGGAGGUGCAUAGAAACCCCUUUUUUUUAGCAGUUUUAUGCAAGGAUGUCAAAAGCUAGCUGGUCUCUCUCUCUGAACUUCUCUCCCCUCCCCUCCAACUGCUGCUCUGGUCUCUUUAGAUUUGUUCGUUUUUGUUGUUGUCUUGACUGAAGGAAGAAGAUUUAAUUAGAAUGCAGGACAAGGGGAACUUUUGUGA